AUAUUUUUUGAGGUUAGAAAUCCCAUCAGCUGUUCUUUUGAUCGUGUUGAUCAUUUUCCUUUGGGUUUGAUUGCAGGAGAUCUGUUUGGCAUUUAGUUGUAAAUAAUCGGCCAAAAAAUGCAAAGUGAUAAUCCAGACAUUCAGUGGGCACUCGAUUUGCUCAAACCAGAUCCUUUGGCGCAACCAAGCCUUAUCUCAAAAUAUUACCACCAAAUACCGUGUGUUGUAGGUGCACCUGUGAUAUGUGGUUACGUAAAUCACAUGCGAGGAUUACCCGUUAUUGCACGCCCACAUUAUUUAGUGCUGACACUAGGAGGAAUGUUAUAUGCUUCGACUUGGGCUGAUUGGUACUACCAGAAAAGAGCUGCAAGAACAGAUGCCAUAAUGCGAGACUACAUAAUCCGACAUCCCGAAGAUUUUCCUCCUCCAGAACGCCAAAAAUACGGAGAAAUAUUCACCAAGUGGAUACCAAUACGUUAAGAAGGUAAACGAAAUUAAUAGCAGUUAUUAUUAACGUUGCCUCACUCCUGAGACGCAAGCAAUACAACAUUGGUUGAAAAGGUCUUGUAAUUACUGUUUCAAUAAAUAAAUUGUGCUCAAUAUCUAAUUGUA